AUGUCAGAAAUUAUCCAAAAAAAUAUGAAUAAUCAAAUUGACAAUGAUUUUUUGGACAUACCUGCUAUCAAAAAUGAUGAGUACAGUGCACUUUCAGAUAGUGUGCAAAAUUUAAUACAAAUCUUUCAUACAUCUUACUCUUCCUUACACCACAGCAUCCAUUCCGACUAUUUUUGCUUGGAUGUCAACAAUCGAUUAAUCAUAUGGAAAAACUUAGACUUACCAUCUAUAUCUGAGCUGUAUAGAUAUGAAUGUAGUGGCUACAAUAGUAAUGAAUUCAAUGCUAAGCCCAAUGGAAAAUUUAAGGAAGCUAUCAUAUCUAUAGCAAAAAUCGCUUACCAAAUUCAUAAUGAUUUAGCAUCUGCAAGUGUGGAACAGAUGCUAAAAUGGUAUGUUCCUUGUACCUUGUGGCUUGGUAAUCAAUUCGUGAAGACUUUCAAAGAACUGAUUUUGUUACUGAAGUCUGUGGAUGAUACUGACUGCCUAUUAGGUGUUUCGCUACUUACUGCUGCUACUGAACGGGUUCUCAUCGAUAUCAUUGGAAGCGCAGCACCGACUACUGAACGCCCAAGAUUCCUACGUGAUCUCCUCAGGAGCUCUCAGUUAACGGAGCUGUUUGAGCCAACUGCUAUAUCUUGUUUUUACUUGUUAAUAGGUUCCCCACAAGGAUUAAAUUUAAGGAAUCUAACUUGGCAUGGUUUUAUUCGCCCAAAAGAAAUUCCGAAGCAAUGUCUUACAUUAUUAAUUGUUAUGACUGCUAGUCUUAAGGGAGCUUUGAAAGACCAACAAUUUGUUAUCGAGCACUUGCCCUUAAUAGACUUGCAUCAAAUGAAGGUGGACUAUGGAUUUCCGGUUGUAACUUCUCAAGAUUGCAUAUCACUAAAGAAAUUAUUUCAGCUUUCCUCAAUAAUUCCUCGCAGUAGAGUGCAAAUUUGGGUUACUUCGAUAAAUCACUUCUUAAGUGAAAGGUAUCUCGAUUGUCUCACACUAUUGCUACCACAGUUCGAACAUAGUCUACGUAUCCUUUUCGCUGGUGUAAAUCAUUGCCAACACCGGAUUAUCACUGCUGAAAAUUCAAUGCUUUUUACCACACUGACUGAAAUAUUAGCUGCUAAGUUACCCACUGGUGGCAUCAACUGCCUAUGUCAAGAGCUCUCAGAUAACUACUUAGUAUUAUUAAUGGAUUUAUUGAUGUAUCCGGAAGGCUUACGGCUAAGGGACCGAAUCAGUCAUGCUGAUGUUGUUCCUGAAUCGUUAACUAAAGAUACUGCUAGUGUCGUUCUUAUUGCAGUUUUUUUAAUUUGCUAUAAGUACUGUGCAACGUGCGGUCCAGAUAAAGUGUAUGUACAAAAAUUCGUAUCUAUCUAUAACACUUAUGAAUCAAAACAUCAUCCUUAUUUACUAAUAAAAGAAGAAAUAAAAGGUAUCGUAGCGCGAAUGAAAUUGGCUCACAGCUUGACGCUUAAAGUAGAAAGCUAUAACAACUAUAAUGUUGCAAUAGUAAAUGAAGCCGAGCGAAUUAACUUUAACAAAUUUGACGAUGGUUAUAACAAUCUGAAAAUGUCGUUCCUACAUCAGUUAUGUCAUAGUAUAAAUCUAUGUAUUGACAAGGAUAAAUCUAUGCUUAGCGAAAUUUUUGAUAGGUUGCUUGAUCAAACUGCCUACCAGCUGAGUAAAUCGCCGCCAAAUCCCCUAUUUCGAUCGCGUCAGGAGCAACAAAUUGCUAAACUUCUACGAGCUAUCACUAUGCAAACCCGUUCCAUUAUUAAUAAUGUUUUAAGUGCUCAUUCAGCCAUGAGUACGUUAUGGAGCACAGGACAAAUGCGUUCCCGAAAACGUAUCAAUUUUCAGAAAUUUUGCGAAUAUCUUCCGGUUAUAUUGUGCUAUGUUUGUGUUAUACUUCUAUACGUAUCUACGGAAUGGAAUCAACUCAACUUUACAGCGAAUCGUUUUGAAAAACUGUGUAUCCAAUUAAAAGCCAUACUCUGUAUUUGCGAAAAUACGGCAUCAUCAACGGAAUAUAAAAAAAGUCAAUGGGAUAGAGCUUUACAUGUACUGUCCAAACUGAUCCACCAAUUCAAAUAUUAG